GGCGGGAAACAUCGACGGCGUGCGAGCGGGAAACAAGAGCCACCGAAGGCGGGAAUCAUCUACGGCGCGCGUGAAGCCAGCGACGUGUUUCGCGAUGUCUCGUCGCCAUUAACGUCCCAUCGCCAUUAGAGGCAGAGCGUCAUUGUUGACAACGGGCGGGGAGGGCAACAUGCGUUGGGCCGCUGGAUGCACCUCUGGACGAAAACGGAUCACCUCCCAAAUUCUGUUCAUGGGCCGACCCAAACGGACAUAAAUGGACCAAAUGGAUCGCCGUUUUAGGCCGGCCCCUAGAGAUGCCCUUAGCAAUGACAUGUGUCAAGUGUAUAUAUGUCCGUGAAUAUGCUGACUACUGUAUUUAAAGCCAAAUGUUUUUCGACGACGGUCGGUAAUGUCAUCUCUGUGCCAAGUGACUCGAUAAACUGGUUAGAACUCAGCAACGAGCCCGAUUCUGGUAGUGACUGUUUAGCGUGCCAACGUUUUAUUUUCUCAUUAUAGGAUGUAGAUAGAUAAGACGAGAAGUGUUGCCGUGCAAUCUUUACAAAAAAAAGUGUUGCCGUGCAAGUAGGAGACGUACAUGUGUACAUACGUGUACAAGUCGGUUUAAGUUAGGUUAGUAUUGCCCGGGUCGAUUAAGAUAACGUAGUCAGAGUUAAAAUCCGAGUCGAUGCGCGUCUUCUCCCGAUCGUGCGCUUGUCAAACUUCUACAGCUUUGGAACCUAAUAUAAAUAUCGGCAGGGAAAGCCGCUGGGACGAGAGAUACCUAAUACGUACGCUCCAUACUCGUGUUGCCGGCGGAAAUUAGUUUGGUCGGUUGCGAUGGCGUCGAACAACCUCUCGGGGGUACUCGAUGGCGGCGACGCGGCGGCGGCGGCCACGGGGAGGAACAUGCAGCACUCCGGCUUCCUCGGCGGUGAGUACUUGAGGGCCGACAUGUUCGAUCUCGACAGCCUUGACGUCGAGGUGGACAAGAAAACCAUGGCCAAGCUUCUUGCCACGGAGAAGCAGCGAGACAGGGGCGACGAAGAGAUGGAGCCUUGGGAGAUCGACCUCGCCAAGCUGGAGGUUCACGAGUUGAUAUCACCAGGGACCUUCGGCUCCGUGUAUCGCGCCACCUACGAUGGCAAAAUCGUCCUAGCUAAACUGUUAGACUGGGGCGAGGAUGGUUUUAUAACAGAAGAUGAAGUCGCUGCUCGGCGCAAGGCCUUGAGGAAGGAGGUUGUAGUUUGGAAGGAUCUCAACCACAGGAACGUUACAAAGUUCAUUGGUGCAUCAAUGGGUACCACUGACCUUAACAUUCCAGCUGAGAAUGAGGAUAUCGCUGCAUACACUGAUUUUCCAGAUAGAGCAUGUUGUGUGGUUGUCGAGUAUAUCGACGGAGGUACACUUAGGCAAUACCUAUAUGCGCACAGGGAGGAAAAACUGGAAUACAGAGUUGUGGUUGAUCUUGCAUUGGAUUUAGCCAAGGGACUGAGCUAUCUACAUUCAAAAGAUAUCGUGCAUCGGGAUGUCAAAGCUGAAAAUAUGUUGCUUGAUUCCAAACGAACCCUAAAGAUCGCCGACUUUGGUGUUGCCCGUAUAGAGGCUAAGGAUCCAGCGGAAAUGACAGGCCACACAGGCACACUGGGUUAUAUGGCCCCAGAGGUCCUUGAAGAUAAGCCAUACAAUAGAAAGUGUGAUGUUUACAGUUUUGGGAUAUGUCUAUGGGCGAUCUACUGCUGUGACAUGCCGUACUACCCGGACCUCAGUUUUGCAGAGACCUCCUCUGCAAUUGUUCAUAAGAAACUGCGACCUACGAUCCCACCCUGCUGCCCCGCCCCAAUGGCGAAGAUCAUGAAGAGGUGCUGGGAUGCUGACCCUGAGAAGCGUCCCGACAUGAAGGAGGUGGUGCAGCUCCUAGAGGAUCUGGACACAAGCAAUGGCGGAGGCAUGACCCCGGAAGGGAUCGCGGAAGGGAAGAACCCUGGGUGCUUCUGCAUGUUCAGACGACGUCGUGGUUGAUAUAUUGUCUCGCAUUAUGCAUUAUGAUGGGGCUUCGAUAUAGUUUUUCUGUUAGUUUUUAUUAGAAACGUAGUUGUGAUGGUGCAAUUUAAAAGUUUACAGCUCUAAAAGUAUGCAUAGAACACAGAUGGUUAAUUUAGGAGUUUAUUCAUGGCUGUAGUAAUUGUGGAGUUAUUUUUAAUCCCGGGUAAUGUGUGGAUUAUAAUUGAAAGAUGUAGACUCUGUUUUUGGGUUUAGUUGAC